AUGCUGGAACCGCCCCGCCCACGAUUGCCGGAUGACAUCGUCACGCAGCUGCGCAACGUCGCCUACCAAUUCAACAUUGCGGAGAUGAACGAGUCGAUAGACCAUUACGACUCGGAUAACUCGCCUUACUCGAUUCGCCCAUUGCCACCGGUCCUUCGUCAUGGCCUUGCCGCUGUGGCGGCGAUGGGGUUCUUCUCCUUCUUCACCAGUCUCGGCUUAUUAACGUUCCUGACGUACAAGCUGAUAACAUGGCACAACGGACCACCGAGGGAAGAAAAAAAGGACCCUAUAGCAAAAGUAGAAUCGCCACCACCGACGGAGGCUGCGUUUAUCAUCCCGAACGAAUGGUCGGCAUCUCAACAAGAGUUAUCAGAGAAGCCGACGAAAGAGACAUGGUUACAACGAGCGAUCAACGAGCCGCCAAACCAGUUUUUGGUUCUAAUAUUCAACCUUCUACUGGCCGAUACACAGCAGGCACUGGCUUUCUUGUUGAACGUCGAGUGGCUUACAAGAAACGCGAUCGAGGUGGGGACGAAAACUUGCUGGACGCAAGGAUGGUUUAUUUCGACAGGCGACCUCGCCUCCUCCGUCUUCAUCACGGCCAUCGCUAUGCACACAUACAUUUCUAUCGUCAGAGCGAAGAUGCUGCCAACAUGGGCAUUUCACACCGCCAUUGUAAUGAUGUGGGGCUUCGUGUACGGCACCGGAAUCCUCGGCGUGAUUGUCACGGAGAACGGCAAGAAUGACGGCGGUUUGUACGUUAGAGCAGGGGCAUGGUGCUGGAUCAACUCGAAUGGCGCGAAGGAGCGGUGGGGUUGUCCCGUGUUGUGGCUCCCCCGCACCCGAGCCAGCUUGCUGCGGCUCAUCAACAUCCGGAGAGACAUCAACCUGCAGUGGAACGACCUGUGUUGGAUCGGACUCUGGAAGAGCAUCAUCUUGCAGGAGCGGAAGCACCUCAACAAACGACUACCAGGUAUUCCGGAUUAUGCCCGGCAGCACACCUUUUUGCUAUAUCCCCUGGUGUACGUCGUGUGUACUACUCCGCUAGCCGCAGGGCGUCUUGCCUCUAUGGCAGGGCACGAAGUAUCCUUGGGCUACUUUUGCUUUGCAGGAGCAAUGAUCGCCUGCAAUGGCUGGUUAGACGUGGUCCUCUACUCUUCGACGCGAAGGUCAAUCGUCUUCUCUUGUGAUGGCCCACCUUCGCAGGAGACUGGUCUGGAAACAUUUUCCUUCAUGUGUUCCCAGCCCCCAAAGUUCGGUAACACGACUAUUGUGGUUGGCGGCAUUGGUCGCCCUAGGCAGAGACGGCGCGAUAAAUGGAGCGAGAAGAUUGCCCUGAAAGGCACAAAAUCAGGCAGUUUCAAAGGCCUCGGGGUUGACGCAAACACAAGUACAGACAGCAUGAGAGGAUUCGGUAUGGGAGACGGCUCAGUUAUGGGAAUGGCUAUUCAGUGCGAAACGGUCACGACAGUAUCUGUGGAGGUCAACAAGACCCCGCAGUGCGACAUCUACGGCCAUGUCAUCAAGGUCUUCUAG